AGAAAUGUGCCAUUACAGGGGUUGGUGUCAUUUGAGGAUGUGGCUGUGGACUUUACCUGGGAGGAGUGGCAGGACCUUGAUGAUGAUCAGAGGACUUUGUACAAAGAUGUGAUGCUGGAGACCUAUAGCAACCUGGUGUCAUUGGGGCACUGCAUUACCAAACCUGAGGUGAUCUUCAAGUUGGAGCAAGAAGCAGAGCCAUGGACAAUAGAAGAACACCCAAAUCAGAGCUUACAAGGUGUCAAGGUAGUCAAUGACCUAAUUAAGAAAAGCCAAGAAAGUCAUGGUAGACAUUUGUGGCAAGUUGUAAUCACCAACAGCAAAACGUCAACUGAUGAGAGAGUUGAGUUAGGAAAAACAUUUCAUCUGAGCUCAAAGCAUAUUUCAAAUCUGAUUAUAAGUAAUGGAAACUAUUCAGGAAUGAGGCAUGAGGAGUUAAAUGUAUGGCAGAAUCCACUUCUUCCUAGACAGCCUGAUGAGACCCAUGCUGGAGAGAAAACUGAUGACCAUAACAUAAUUGGGAAAUCCUGCAGACAUAACGAGCAUCUUAGUCAUCAUCACAAGAUUCAAACUGGGCAGCAGCCUUUUGAAUAUAGUGGACAAGGGAAAGCCUUCAACACAGAGGCAAUAUUAUUUACACAUAAGAAGGUUCAUAUGGGAGAGACCUCCUGUAAAUAUAAGGAAUAUGGGAAAGUCUUUGAUAAGUCAUCUCUCAUGGACCAUAAGAUAACUCAGGUAGGGAGGAAAACUAUUCAGUAUGAUGGAUGUGGGAAAAUGUAUAAAAAGUCUAAACUUACUGAACAUCAGAAAAUACAAACAGGAGAAAAACCUUGCAAAUGUAGUGAAUGUGAGAAAUCCUUUAUUAAGAAACCACUCCUAACCAUACAUCCGAGAACAUCUACAGGGGAGAAGCCCAGUGCUUGUAAUGAAUGUGAGAAAUUUUUUUAUCAGAAGUCAGACUUUACUAGGCAACAGAUAAUUCACACAGGUGAGCGACCAUAUGAAUGUAAAGAAUGCAGGAAAACCUUCAACCGGAAAUCACAUUUCAGUGUACAUCAGCGAACUCACACAGGUGAGAAACCAUAUGAGUGUAAUGAAUGUAGGAAAUCUUUCUACAGUAAGUCAGCUCUCAGUAGACAUGAGAUGAUUCACACAGGUGAAAAGCCCUAUGAAUGUAAUGAAUGUGGAAAAACCUUUAACCGUAAAUCAUACCUCAGUGACCAUGAGAGAAUUCACACGGGGGAGAAACCAUAUGAAUGUAAUGAAUGUAGAAAAUCUUUCAAACAGAAAUCAGCCCUGAAUGUGCAUCAGACAAUUCACACAGGUGAGAAACCGUAUGAAUGUAAUGAGUGUGGAAAAACCUUUCACCAGAAGAUACUCCUCAGAAGACAUAAGAGAACUCACACAGGUGAGAAGCGAUAUGAAUGUAAAGAAUGUAAGAAAACUUUUUACUAUAAAUCACACCUAAGUGUACAUCAGAGAACUCACACAGGGGAAAAGCCCUAUGAAUGUAACGAGUGUGGGAAAAUCUUUCGUCGUAAAUCACACCUCAGUGUUCAUCAGAAAAUUCACACAGGUGAGAAACCAUAUGAAUGUAGUGAAUGUGAGAAAUCUUUCUACCAGAAAUCGGCCCUCAAUAUACAUCAGAGGAUUCACACAGGUGAGAAACCAUAUGAAUGUAAAGAAUGCAGCAAAUGUUUCUGCCAGAAGUCAGCCCUCACUGUACAUCAGAGAGCUCAUACAGCUCAGCAGGCAUCAAAGUACUCAUGCGUGGGAGAAAUUCUGUAUGGCAGAGAGUUUUGUGGAAACAGCCUGCAUACUCAGCCUCUUGAUGUUGUGUGGGACUAUGUAACUGAACUCUGUUCGAGUGUGGACAAAAGUGAUUAACAUUACUUACAGGACUGGCAACAACAAAAAAUUCUCUAUGCAGCUUUCUCUGAUUUCUCAUGCUUUCUGGAACUGAAGUGCUGAUUACCCCCAGGGUGGCCUUGUGAGCCAUACAUAGGAGAGGGCCAACAUUGUUUAAGACAGAAGGAAUUGACUGGAGAGAGCAGAGGUCUUCCCACCUCUAUGCCAUAACCCUCCAUUGGUACUUUCUUUGAGUGAGAAAUAAAUACUUCCUUUGUUGAUCUA